UCCCGUUGAUCAUAUCAAGAGUUGCUAACCAGUUCUCAAAAUGGAGAAUGUUCUUUUGCUCUCAUUUACUGAUCUCAGUCCGGCCUCUUCAAUCUAUUCAUUUGUUCCGACGGUGGUAAUGUGCGCCAUCAACUGUGUACACACCUACAACUGCAUAUCCGUGUUCUACCACGAGGAAACAAGCCAGUGUAGCCUGUGUCCCAUCAUCUACAGGGAGGAUUCCCCAUCUCUCACUCCAUCACCUGGGAUGAUGUACUACAGACCACUGCAGAAGUGUCCUCAGGGAUCCGUCCACUUUGCAACAGAGUCCGUCUGUGUUAUCCUGAUGGCAGGAAAAUCUAAUUUCACUGUUGCAAACAACGAAUGUUCAAGACAGACAUUCUAUGGGGCCAGUUACCGUUUGAUUACUUUUAAAACCCCUGAGAAGUAUCAGGAAGUUAUCAAGUUCUUGGCCACGGGCACAGAUGUCGAAGGGAUUUGGACUGGACUGAGGUAUGAUGCAACCGACCGCAUGUGGAAGUGGUUUGAUGGAUCUGUUGGCCGGGUUCAACCGUGGUAUCGAAGUGAACCUAACAGCAACGGGAGGGAACCGUGUUCCGUUUUAUACAAGCCUACAGAAUGGACAAUGCACGAUAACAGCUGCUCUUUGCAAAGGAGCUUUAUGUGUGAGGUUGAAUUACUUUGAACAUGGAAUUGAACUUGCCACAUCCUGCAUGUUUUCUCUCUUGGCGAUGAUGAUUUUGGUAAGGUGAGGUGAAAUUAGGUUUA